AUGCCUGGCUCUGUCCAAGAUGCUCAAGACCAGCCCAUGGUCGACGUCGAGCAGCAGCAAGAUGACUUGAUGCUGGAUGAGCGCCGUAUCGUGGUGCUCCCCGGUUCCUCAGAGACAGCCGCAUCAUUCCAGUUCGAAGGAGAAGGCCACACUAUGGGUAACGCACUGCGAUACGCCAUCAUGAAGAACCCGGCUGUCGAUUUCUGCGGUUACACUAUUCCUCACCCCUCCGAAACGAAGAUGCACUUGCGCAUCCAGACUACCGACUCAACUACCGCUCUCGAGGCUCUUGAGAAGGGCUUCGGUGAUUUGAUGGAUCUGUGUGAUGUUGUUACUGAGAAGUUCACCGCUUCCCGUGACCAGUUCAACGAGGAGAACAGCAACAAGAUGCAGUCCUGA